AUGGGAACCCCAAGGCAGCCAAAGUCAAGGACAGCUUCUGAAACCACACGUCGGCCCCUCCUGAGCGGCGUCUUCACCUCCCACCCGCUCACGCUCUUGCCCUGGUGGUGGGUUCCACCUGAGGAAGCCCACCCAGCUCGAGACUUCUACAAGAAAACGCCAGAGGCUGCAAACAGGGUGGGUGAGCUUCCGGAGGAGCUGUACCUGGGCGUGGACCCCCCAACUCCUUCCACGUGUUCCAGACAGACAGCAGAGAGCAUCCAGGCACCCACACCAACAAAGGUGCUGUGGGGAGGAGACUGGUUCUGCACUGUGGAGCUCCUGUACCACCCGGGGAGGGCCCUGGCUCUGUGUGGCCAGACCACUGUGAGGUCAUCGGAGAUGCCUUCUCUGUGGGCCGCCAACCACAGGUCUGCAUGGUUUUCCAUGUCUCCACUUUCCAGGACCAGCAUCUCAGGACAGCACAGCACUAGGCUGUCCCCGCCCCAGCGCAGGCUGGAGAAGACCCUCAUGUCCUGGGACUGGGAUGAGAACACGCACCGGACGAUGGAGUUCAGCAAGUUCUCCCUGCCCUCCGAGGCCUUCUACCCAAGGCACGUGGGCAGCAUCCACCCACGGCUGUGCAGCCAGCAGGACCUGGGUGUGCCGCCCUGGGUGCCAGAGUUCAAGUUUCAGCUGUGCACCAGGUGCCCCAACCUGGCGGCCGUGAGACCCUACUACCAGGGACUCACUGGCCAGUCGUGUACAGCUGCUCUGAGCUGCUGA